AUGAAAUAUUUUAUUUCACUUUCAAUUGCUCUGCUAGCAGGAAUAACAACAGCUCAACGAGCUGUACCACCUCAACAAUCUCAAGAAGGGCAACAAACUCAACAGCCAAUUCCAGAACUUCCACCAUUUUUGGUUAAUGCACCUCGUGAGGUGGUGAAUCAGUAUCUCGAUGUGAUAAAAGGUGCCGAUUUAAAAAGUAACAAACAAAUUGUGGAUGAAAUCGACGAAUUAAUGCAUAAACUUGGUGGCACUUAUCUUACUGAACAUGAGAAGUUGAAGAAAUUAGAAGAGAAGGAAAAAGCUGAAUAUGAUAAAAUUCAUGAUCAAGUGGUAGCGAAAUUUUCACCGGCAGCAAAAGAAGCUGAUGCUAGGAUGACUGCUAUUUUUAACAAUUCAACGCUAAUCAAUCAUGUAAAAGAAGAGCAGAUCCAAGCCAUCAUGAGCUUGCAUACGAUAUGUUGA